AUGGGAUUGCAUUUGCAUUUGCAUUUGCUGCAAGCUCAAUUACUUGUGUCAAUUCUGCUUAUUUUUGUUUCAAGAUCAGUUUCUACUCAAUCAAAUUUCCAAAUAGCAAAGCCCAACUGUAGGGAUCAUUGUGGAAAUGUAAGUAUUCCCUUCCCUUUCGGCACGAGGGAAGGCUGUUACUUAGACGAAACAUUCUUAGUCACUUGUAAUGAGACCCACUAUGAUCCUCCGAAACCAUUCUUGGGAGACUCAAACAUAGAUAUCACAAGCAUAUCCCUAAAGGGCCAAAUGCGUGUCAUGCAAUUCAUAGCAGAAGACUGUUAUUCUCGGGAUGGCACCAGAGUGUCAAAUAAUGAACCCUGGAUAAUAAUGCCCGAUGGAUUCACGGUCAGUAAUACUGCCAAUAAGUUCUUUGUCAUUGGCUGUGAUACUGAAGCUUAUGUAUCUGGGAGCCUAUAUAACCGGAAGUACCAGACAGGGUGCUCUUCCACGUGCAACGACGAGGAUGAUCUGGUCGAAGGCUCGUGUUUUGGUUUAGGCUGUUGCCAGAUGUCUAUCCCGAAACAGGCAUGGGAAGUUGAGGUGAAAUUGAGAAGCUUUAAUAAUUUCACAAAUGUGUCGUACUUCAAUAAUUGCAGCUAUGGUUUUCUAACUGAGGAAAGUGGAUUCACUUUCUCCGCAAGUAGUCUUUCCGACCUGAGGAAUGUGGAAGAGCUUCCAAUGGUGGUUGACUGGGCAGUUGGAGAACGAACUUGUGACGAAGCUCGAAAUGACAUUUCUAGUUAUGCAUGUAAAAGUGAGAAGUCCGAGUGUUAUGAACCCGAUAAUGGUUAUGGGUAUCGUUGUCGUUGCCAGAAAGGUUAUGAAGGAAAUCCAUACCUCGAAGAUGGCUGUAAAGACAUUGAUGAAUGUAAGGAUCAAACUCUCCAUAACUGUGCAAAGCAAUGUAAUAACACACCAGGGGGGUUUAAUUGUGUUUGCCCGAAAGGCUACCAUGGAGAUGGUAAAAAGGAUGGACGAGGUUGCAUUCGUGGUCAAUCACUUGUCUUCAAAGUUGCUACAGGGAUUUCUCUAGGAAUCACUCUUAUUGUGCUUGCUAUCUGGGGGUUAUGCUCCUGGAACCAAACAGAACCCAAUGAAGAAGAGUCGGAAUCCCUGCUUUCUGGGAAAAUGAAUGCCUUUGCAAUUGCAAAUGGUGAAGGCAGUAGCACAGCUAUUGGAUAUGAUAGCAUGAGGGAUCAUAUUAUUUUACCUAUGGGUGGUGGGAGAUAA